UAGCGGGGUGGGUUGGGUCCGAAUUACGGUGGCCGCGCCGUGCGGAGGCGACCGGGCUAGGCGGCGGGGCGCGGGCCGGGCCGCGCCGGCCGCCAUGGGCAACCUGUUCGGCCGUAAGAAGCAGCAGAGCCGGGUCACGGAGCAGGACAAGGCUAUCCUGCAACUGAAGCAGCAGCGGGAUAAGCUGAAGCAGUACCAGAAGAGGAUCACCCAGCAGCUGGAGCGGGAGCGGGAGAUUGCCCGGCAGCUCCUGCGCGACGGCAGGAAGGAACGGGCCAAGCUGCUGCUCAAGAAGAAGCGAUACCGGGAGCAGCUCCUGGACAAGACAGAAAACCAGAUCACCAGCCUAGAGACCAUGGUCCAGAGUAUUGAAUUCACCCAGAUUGAAAUGAAGGUGAUCGAGGGGCUGCAGUUUGGAAAUGAGUGUCUGAAUAAGAUGCACCAGGUGAUGUCCAUAGAAGAGGUGGAGCGGGUACUGGACGAGACGCAGGAGGCCGUGGAGUACCAGCGGCAAAUAGAUGAGCUGUUGGCAGGAAGCUUCACUCAGGAGGACGAAGAUGCCAUCCUGGAGGAGCUGGACGCAAUCACUCAGGAACAGAUAGAGCUGCCAGAGGUUCCUUCAGAGCCCCUUCCUGAAAAGAUCCCAGAGAAAGUCCCCGUCAAGGCCAGGCCCCGACAGGCGGAAGUGGUGGCAGCCUCGUAACUUGUGUGGGAGUCACGGGGAUUCCAGAGGCCUGGGGCCCACAGAGUUUGGGUGCGUGUCCGGCCCUGACCGGGCUCCCAGAAGGCUGGCGCCGGGCCAGGUGGGCCGGGAGCUGCCGGAGCAGCACAGCACACACAGGGCUCCUGACCAGGGUGACUCUACGGAGCGUUUCCCUGGCGCUGCUGUCUUGCUGUCGUUUCUGGAUUAAAUGGCAACAUUCAAACUCUCCAGCCAAACACAGCUUCUGCAGCUGUGGUUCACACGGGCCACGGCCAGGCCUAACGCUCCUGGUGCCGGUCACACCUCCCGUCCCGGGUCGCGCGGCUCCACAGGCCAGUGUCUCCGCCACCCUGUCUUCUGUGGAAGGCACAUCAGACCUGGCCUCCCCACCCUUCCCUCUCCCUUCUUCCUGCUGCUCCCAUUAGCUGGCAGGGCUUUGGUUAAGGGGUCCCUGCCUUGGCCUGGCUCCCGGACGUGCCCAGUUUCCAUGUAGACCUGGGGGUGGUAACCUCUCUGCUUCCACGUCGGCGUUUGUGGGUGGUGGACCAGGAGGGGUGCAUCCCUGAUGGAUUUUGAUGACUCUAGGAGGUCUGCCCACCCCAUCACUCCUGGGGCCGUACAGAGGCCCAGUCCUGCUGACAGACAUUCCAGCAUAGCUGGCAGGUGUGGCUGUGGGUCCCCGAGCUGCCAGCUUUGAGCUGUUUGCAGCCAAGUGGAGACAGUGAAGGAUGGAAGUGACUUCCCUAGUUCACGGUUCGUUUUGGAAUUAGACAAUCUCCCUGAGACUUCACUCCCAACAAGAAGACAAAGGGGACCCUCUUAGCCCCCAGACAGGCCAGCCCCAUAUUAAAGUUGACACCCACACAG